CGUAUCACGACGUCGUCCAGAUGAAACACAGCAUUGUGGGUAAUGUAGUUGGCUGGUGAAUAGCGCUGGUGUGCGCGCGCGUUGUACGCAACUUUCCCGUCCGAAAUAUCCAGUUUCAUGAUGAUUUUCUCUCUCUCUCUCUCUCCACACACAGAGCUGCAUACGGUCCAUAAGGUGAGGAUGCGUGAGCUCUCUUAGAUUAGCCGUGGCUCCUGUCCCUGGCCUCACACCAGUUCAUUAGACAUGUAAGUGCAUUACCAUAAUCCUAAGGGUUGCGGUGAACCCACUGAGAAGUCAGUCCAUCCUAAACACAGAUGAAUGAGGAAGAGCCAAGGAAGUCUGUGAGGGUAAUGGUGUUUUACAAAGCUGGUUUUAGGUCUCCUGCAUGUUUACUCUGUUUAUAACUAAGAUCAUGUCAAGAGCGGGCAUUUCUUUCUGGAUUGUCCUGUUGCUCUAUGCAGCCUCAGGAGUCUGCAGUGAGGAGAAUAUCGAUGGAUGCGAUAUGAACCCGUGCAUGAACGGUGGCGUGUGCGAGAACCAGGAUGGACAAUACAAAUGUGUCUGUUCCCAAACGAGCUAUAAUGAACACCUCUAUGGAGGGCCGUACUGCACAGUAGUGCUGCUUGGCUGUGAACGUCACUGGUGCCAGAACGGUGCCACUUGCGAUCCGUACCUGGACAAAGGACGGCAUCGAUACAGCUGCAUCUGCCCUGAGGGUUUCACUGGAACGAAAUGCCAGACGUCCACCACCUUCUCUUUUGAAGAAAGAGGAUUCAUGCAGGUCCAAACCAACCUCACUAAUGCUUUGGACCCUUUGAAUAUCACUCUGAGUUUCCGCACGUUGCAGGCAGCGGGCAUUCUGCUCCAGUGCCAAGUUGAAGAUCAGCUUCUUACGCUGGAGUUAGUGGAUGGAAGGCUACGGCAUUUACUGCAGAGAGCAACGAAAGCUGAAAUCGUUCUUCUAGAGCUCCCGUUGAUCGUUUCUGAUGGCCACUGGCACACGGUCAAGGCCUCACUGUGCAACAGCAUGCUCGGGCUGAGUCUUACAGACCCGUCUUGCCUUCAGGACACAUGUCAUAUGGAAGUACAGAUCGAUCAAGCAGAGUCCGAACUGGGUUCAGGUCUGUCCGAGUUGACUGGGAUCCAGAAUCUCUACAUAGGUGGAAGAGGAGAGCAAGAGACUGCUUCAGGCUUUCUGGGAUGUAUGAGGGAUGUGUGGUUGGAUUCACGUGUAGUGGUGCCUGGAUUGGGGCCGAGGACUCCCGCUAAGCAAUUUAAUGUGAAACAGGGCUGCAGUGACUGGGACCGCUGCAAGCAAAACCCAUGCCAGAACAGAGGCAGAUGUGUCAAGACUGGAUGGAGGAGCUUUAGCUGCGAAUGCCAUCGGCCUUAUGAGGGCGAGCACUGUUUAGAUGAGUAUGUGACUGCAAGGUUUGGAAGUGAAGAUCUGGAGAGCUACGCUGUGUUCACGGUGGACGACAGUCCAGGCGACAGUAACUCCGUGUCCAUGUUCGUUCGCACGCGCCGCUCACAGGGCUUGCUCCUGGUCCUCUCAAACUCUACCAGUCAGUAUCUGCGUGUCUGGUUAGAGGAUGGAAAGGUCAAAGUUCAAAUCAACAACUUUGAAAGUCUGAAAGGAAGUGAAACCGUCAGCGACGGUCAUUUUCACCUCAUAACUGUGCUUGUAGAGCCAGAAUCCCUGUCCCUGUUUAUGUCUGCUAAGAGCCAGGGCCGCAUCCCCAUCCGCAGUGUGCUGGCCCAGGCUGGAGAUGCGGUGUAUGUGGGGGGUUUACCGGAUCGCCGUGCAUCGCUAGCCUUCGGCGGCUACUUUAAGGGCUGCAUCCAAGACCUCCGUAUGAACAGUAGACGCCUGCAGUUCUACCCCGUCGGUGUCCCGGUGAGCUCCUACCGGCUCCAGAGCUCGACCGAAGUCUCGCGCGGCUGCACCGGCGACGACUCCUGCAGCAAUAAUCCCUGCUUGAAUGGAGGUGUGUGUUACUCCAUGUGGGAUGAUUUCACGUGCAGCUGCCCACCCAAUACUGCGGGACAGCGCUGUGAGGAGGUCAGGUGGUGUGAGCUGUCCCCAUGUCCGUCCACUGCCGCGUGUCAAGCCCACACUCAGGGCUUCGAAUGUUUGGUCAAUGUCAGCCUCCGCAGCGACAGCCACAUAAUCACCUAUCGUGGCAAUGGAAAAAUACGCCGAUACCUCAGCAGCAUUUCCAUGUAUUUCCGUACCAGGCAGCAGAAUGCCACCCUACUGCACGCUGAGCGCGAUUCUCAAUUCAUUACCAUUUCCAUCCACGAUGGGCACAUAGUUUUAGAGCUGCAGGGAGAAAAAAGAACCUCCUAUGUAUAUAUACACAGCCUGGACCUGGUGAAUGAUGGUCACUGGCACAGGGCAGACUUCAACAUGGACAGCCCAGUCCUCCAGUCAUCCAGAUGGAGAAUAGUUCUGGAUGAGCGCUGGGAGAAACCCUCUGUCUCCUUCACAGCCUCAGGAGAUCUGGAUUUCCUCAGAGAAGACGUGGACAUCAUCUUAGGAGGCUUGGGACCUGAUUCGGAGGGUAACUUUGUUGGCUGUCUCGGUUUGGUGGAGAUUGGAGGACUUGCAUUGCCAUAUUACAGUGACAUGGAGAUAAACCAGCCCAGACCCCAGAAAGAGCGCUUUCUGAGGACUUCUGGGACUCCCUACUUCGGCUGCUGGGGAUCUAGUGUCUGCGAGCCUGACCCUUGCAAGAAUGGAGGGGUUUGUGAAGAUCUGUUCGACCUUUUCAAGUGCCAUUGCCCAUCUGAUUGGGAUGGCCAGCGUUGUGAAUUCACUGUAAAUGACUGUGCAUCAAACCCAUGUGUUCACGGAGCCUGCAGAGCGAUCUCAGCUGGGUACGAGUGCUCGUGUGAUGCAGGCUACACCGGCCGGCGCUGUGAAACGGAGGUGGACUUAUGCGCCCACAACAAGUGCAGUAAUGGCGGAACGUGCCUAAGAGGAUUGAAACGCUACUCAUGUCUCUGUCCAAGAAACACGACAGGACCUUUCUGCAGGGAGAGAGUUCCAGAACUUCCAUGGUAUAUCGACAGGUUUCCAUUCCCUAAACUUCCUGUGUCUUUCUGCGGGAAUGAGAGAUGGAACUACAGUUGCUUCAAUGGUGGGAAUUGCUCUUCUGUUGAGGAUUAUUGUGACUGUCUACCUGGAUUCGCUGGACAGUGGUGCGAGCUGGAGCUGGAUGAAUGUGCAUCUGACCCCUGCCUUAAUGGAGGCUUCUGCCGUAACCUGAUCAACAGGUUCCAGUGUGUGUGCGAGAUGAGCUUUGCAGGUGAUCACUGUCAGAUCGACGUCAGUGACUUCUACGUCUAUGUGUUCCUGCUCCUGUGGCAGAACAUCUUCCAGCUGUUGUCAUACCUCAUUUUGCGUUUAGAUGAUGAUCCAGAGGUUGAGUGGAACGCAGCCAAUGAUGACUAGGACUUCUCAAACACUCUGAGGAAGAUGUGGGCUGAUGUUGAAUGGACACAAUACGCAAAGGCCUUUAAAUAUUAUUAAAGGUCGUUAUGGGAAGUAGCGAUCCUUGGUUUUUGGACAAAAUGUAGUUCAAGAAUCAUUCAAUGAGAAAACCGAUAUGUGAUUGGUUGUUUGCUAAUGGAGCACUAUAAACAGCGGCUUCUGAAUAAUAAUUCAGAGAGAACAUUUUAGAAUAAUAUUGAUAUUAAAAAAACCUCAGAUCUGUACACAUUAUAGCAUCUGACAGUGAAAGGCUUUUCGUGUGCCUUCCUUUUCCUCAUAAAUAUCUAUGAAAAUGUUCUGAAAAUGUUUCUCAUAACUUCUCAAAGUUCUACAAAAGAAAAAAAAAAAGUGGUAAAUCAUAAUAUGUAUUAAGCCCAAUGUUAUAACUUACUGUCAUAUUCUAAUGGUAAGAAAAGCAGUUUAAUAUUUAUGUGUUUUCACGUCAUUAAAUGUUUCUUUCUUUUUUUCUGUCAAUAUUUAAUCCUGGACUUUUAUACCUCACUGAUCAAGUGACUGCUCCAGCUCUUCAUUAUCAAACCCAUAUAGCAGAUUUCUCUUGCAAAUCUUUAAAGUAUUCACAAAAAUUAGAGCAUCGAAAUGAAUAUAUUUUUUUGAAACAAAUACGAGAAUAUUUUUUGUAUCCAGCAACUGUGUAUAUUUUAGUUUGCUUCGAACUGAAUGAACGGCUGUUUUCUGAACGAAAUCCGAAUGAAUUUUGUUUUGUUGCUGAGAUUGAAAUAUCACAAAUUAAAAGAGA